UGAUUAAAUCGAGCCGGACUUCAUAAACACGCGAUAUAACGGGGCGGUAGCGGCGCCUCAAAGUUUUCAUCUUUUUACGUAGGAUGGAGGAAAUCGACAAUAUAAUCAUUCACUCAUUGCGACAAAUAGGCUGUGACAUUGAAGAGAAUGUAACAAAUCUUAGUAGCUUUAACACCGAACUAGUUGUGGAAGCCACUGUAAGAUGCUUAGAAGCAAUAAGGCCAGGUCUAGGUUUGUCUACUGUACUACCUGUAAACAUGGCAGCUCGCUUUCGACUAGGCGCUACUCUUGCACAAACGUGUAUGGAACUUGGAUACAGAGGUGACAUUGGUUACCAGACAUUCCUAUACAACUCAGAAGCAGAUCUGCGAAGAGUAUUUAUGUUUCUCAUUGAAAAACUGCCAAAAGAGAGUGAAAAAACUGUAAACGAAUCCAUCAGUAAAGUCGCUUUAUUAGAGAAAUCGAUAGCAUCUGCGAUAUUCCAAGGACUCUCCGUACCAUGGUUACCACAUUAUUGUCACAAACAGGGAUUCAGGAAUAGAGGAAGAGCAAAUAUCUCUUACAUGUCUGUAAAUAUCGAAGUACCAAUAGCAAAUAUGGAAGAUGAUUAUAAAGACUACUGUAUGCGCUAUUUACAACCAGUGCCUGAACAAAUGCAAGAUAUUUCGUGCUUUUUACCUUCAAUGAUAUCGUAUAAUGCGAAAGCGCUUAAUACUUCUCCAAUGGAUAUUAUGGAACGCAUAAAUUGGCUCAAUAGCCAACAAUCUGAAAAACCUGCUUAUUCUAAUACAUAUAAUAUUGUCAAAGAGUUUAGCAAAUUCUCGUCAGAGAACAAGACACAAACUUCAACAGAAUCUCAGGUAAAACCAGAAUCCACAAUGCAUCCAGUGCUUCCAGAUCAAGAAACAUUAAGAAAUCAGGCGAAACAGGAAGUUGAAACAGAAAAGAUGAAAGCAGAAUGCGAAAGUCUUAGAAUAAAUAUAGAAGAAUUACAAAACGAAAUUAAAAAAAUGACUACCAGGUUAGCACAAGCAACAAUAACUGGUCAGAAUGAAGAGAAAGAACUAAAAAUCAAUGAAGAACAAAAAAAAAUCAAAGCGAAAGCAUAUGAACUUCUUCAAGAUGGACCAGAGAAUGUAAAGAAAUUGGAAUCUGCAAUUGAGGCUAGUACAAGUAAAUUGAUUAAUUUAGCAAAUCAGUGGGAAAAACACAGAGUGCCCUUAAUCAUGAAGUAUAGGCAAGAAAGAGAGAAGCAUUCCACAAAAGCAAAUGCGAGCCAAAAGAAGCUGGACGAGAUAAAAUUGUUGAAAGAGAAGGAAAAAGAACUUCAAGAGGAAUGUCGAAAUAAGGAUCAACAGUAUUCACAAUUGGUCGCAGAAGUUCAGAAACUUCCUAAGGAAGUGAAUAGAUCUGCGUAUACUCAACGAAUUUUAGAAAUAAUAAAUAACGUCAGGAAACAGAGAGAUGAAAUAGGCAAAGUUCUGGCAGAUACUCGUGAAAUUCAGAAGGAAAUCAAUACGCUUACCGGGAGAUUAGAGAGAUCCUUUACUGUCGUAGACGAACUAAUAUUCAGAGAUGCAAGAACAAACGAAGCUUCGCGGAAAGCUUACAAAUUAUUAGCGACGUUGCAUUCGGACUGUAAUGAACUUGUAAGUUUAGUCGAAGAAACAGGUGCAACAAUACGAGAAAUUAGAGAUUUGGAAGAACAGAUCGAUUCUGAGUCUGCGAAAAACGUCGGUGCUAAUUUGGAAAGGAUAACUGCCGAUUUAAAACAGAUGAAACAAGAAUCAGCCGCGUUAACUACACAACUCCAAAAUAAAGUCUCGUGAUUGUUAUGUACAGUGCUGCGUCAUUUUGCGAAUUAUAAUGUUCAGGACCAGACGGGAGUUUAGUACAGAAUAUAAACGAAUACGAUCGAAUACAUUAAAGACCAAACAUUUUUUAGCUACGCAACCAGCAAAAUAUAACGCGAUAUUGCCUGUAAGAGUCUCCAAAAAUCUACUAAGUUAGCUGCUAAAAAAACGUGCCUUGGCCUGGAGUCGUCAGGCAUUAGGCUUCUAUUAGCCUCGGGCCAAGUGUAUAAAAACAUGCUAUGUAUUAACAUCAAUGCUCAAAGAGACACUAUUUGUUAUAAAGCCUAAUAAUUUUUUAGCAUCGAGUUCAAAUUUCGUAUCUCUUGCAACUUAAAGAUCUGACUUGCGACUGUAAAUAAAAUAAUUGCUAAAACGUUACUUUCAAACAAAAACAUGUACAAAAUAUAGAAUGUGUA